AUGGCGGAAAAAGAGCGUGAGGUCUCAGAGUCGGAGAGAAUCUUGCUUACACCAAAACAUCUUAGAAGUGCUGUGUGGCGUUUCUUUGGUUUCUGGAGUGUCAAAGGAGAAAUCAUUGACAAAACCAAUGUCAUUUGUAAGCUGUGUAAGAAACCGCUGCUAUAUCACUCCACAACGACUAACUUGCGAACGCACAUGCAAUCGUGUCAUCCCGAGGAGUUUUCUCGAGAGUGCAAUGAGGAGGGUCCAGCAUUAAAGCAGUCCCGGGUAACUACGUUUUACACCGCAAAUACCACACCACUACCUUCUGCAAAACAAGAAGAAAUUACCCAAAAACUUACUGAAUUCAUCUGCAAAGAUAUGCGCCCGAUAAGCAUCGUUGAUGGCGAAGGCUUUCAAAACUUCGUGCGAGCACUCAACCCACGUUAUAAUUUUCCUUCUCGGGGUACAGUGAGCAAUCGCAUUGCGAAGCUUUAUGACUGCACUACCAAAAGCGUGAAAGAAUUGCUGAACAAUCGAUCUGUGGCCUUGACAACGGAUGGAUGGACUUCUCUACACACCGACGCAUAUGUGACAGUCACUGCACAUUUUAUUUCAGAUGACUGGGAAAUCAAAAACUAUGUGCUGAAAACAGAAGAACUGAGAGAAAAGCAUACCGCCGAAAAUGUGAGUGACUGCAUUUUGCACAUUCUUGGUGCAUUUGAAAUCAAACCGGAGUCUGUGAUAUCUGUGACUACUGAUAAUGCUGGUAAUUACGUGAAGGCAGUUGAGAGCCAUAUGAAAAGACCGAACAUACCGUGUUUGGCGCAUACGCUUAAUCUAGCUGUAUGUAAGGGGCUUCGUGGUGUUCGAGCUAUUGAAACAGCAAUUAGCAAACUGAAGAUGACCGCUGCCCAUUUCAGCAAGUCAGCUGUUGAUAGCUACCUGCUCGAGAAAAAACAAAAACUGCUUGAAGUAAAAUCGGACAAGCUUAUCAAUGACUGCCCCACCCGUUGGAACAGUACCUACGAUAUGAUCAAUCGAGCCCUGGAGCAGCAAGCACCUGUGGCUGCUGUAAUCUUUGAAAAGAAGAUGUCUCACCUGGAGCUGAAUACAAGUGAAUGGGUUCUGAUGGAAAUGGUUAAGAAUGUUCUUCAACCUUUUAAGACUGCUACAGAAGCGUUGUCAACAGACAAAUACCCGACUGCGUCUGCUGUCCUUCCUUUGCAACACGUUCUGUUAAUGCAGCUUCAACCAAAUUCUGAUGACAGCUCGGCAGUGAAAGAAAUGAAAAUGAAAAUCGCAGCGGAUCUCCAAGCCCGUUACCCUAAUGAAAAGCAGGCUUUCAUGCUACUCAACACUGCAAGCUAUUUAGACCCCCGAUUCCACCGUCUAAAUCAUUUGCCAGAGGAACAGAAAAAACAAGUACGUGCGAAAAUAUUGUCGGAGUUAACAACUAUAAUGGAGGAGGCAAAAAAUGAGCGCACUGAUGCUGUAAAACAACCGGACGCAAGAAAAAAGACUGCGCUGUCUGCCAUGGGCAACCUGUUCGAUGACGUGUACAGUCAGACCCAGAGCAGUUCUGAAGAAAGCAUCAAGGCUUUGGAGCAUGAGAUGGACAUGUAUGAUCGAGAAGCUACGCUACCCGCUGACGAAAAUCCUCUCAGUUGGUGGCAAAAAUCAUGCGGCAUGUAUCCACAUAUUGCGCAGCUGGCAAAGACGUACCUGACCAUACCUGGCACAUCGGUCAGAGCUGAGCGCGUCUUUUCAUCAGCUGGAAACAUUGUCAACAAAAAACGCUCAGCACUCGCUGCAGAUCAAGUUGACCGUCUGGUGUUUUUGACGAACAAUAUGUAGAUUGUGUAGUGAGCGGUUUGUUUCAGAAUGGCAGUUUGCGAUUUUGUGUUAAUGUACAAACAUUACGCUGUCUGUUGAAGCGUGUUAUCUCAGGUUACUGAUGCACUAAUACAGUUUUAUGCACUUUGGUUACCUAAUUUUCCUUACAUGCACAUUAAGGACAUUAUCAUUUAUUUAAGAACAGUUGUUUGAAAAAGUAAGCACUUUAAAAAGUUAAUGUCAUUUCAUUUCAAUAAAAAAUGCGAUGCUUGAUUUGAUUUGUAUUUGCUUAUUGCGCUCACUUGCGCUCUCUUGCGGACGUAGCAGACAGUUCAGAAUUUUUUCCUCUAAAAUUAAAUAUUGCAUUUAGAAUUCGAAUAUAAUUCGAAUUUUGCUAAUAUUUCAGAAAGAAUUUCGAAUUUAGCUUUUCAGUCAUUUUGACAGCCCUAAUGCACACCAUCUUGCGUUUCACAUGCUCCAUAUAUACCUCCUCUUCCCUUGAA